GUAAGAUACAGAAAUUUUCAGACACUUCGCAAUGAGAACUCGGAUCAAAAUUUUAUAUUAAAAGAUGUUUUAAAGAAAAAUUAUAUAAAACUUAUAAUAGUAAUCAUGAAAACUUUGGUGCUAAUUGCACUUCUCAUAUUCACUUGGAAUGAAAUAUAUGCUCGUACUGCAAAACGUUCUGAUGUCUACAUAGCAGGAUUUUUCCCAUAUGGCGAUGGAGUUGAGAAUUCAGAAACUGGACGUGGUGUUAUGCCAAGUGUUAAAUUGGCUUUAUCGCAUGUAAAUGAGCAUCCAAGAAUAUUAACUAAUUAUCGUUUACAUAUGUGGUGGAAUGAUACAGAGUGCAAUGCUGCGGUGGGUGUAAAGUCAUUUUUCGAUAUGAUGCACUCAGGUCCCAAUAAACUUAUGUUAUUUGGUGCAGCUUGCACCCAUGUAACUGACCCGAUUGCGAAGGCUAGUAAACAUUGGCAUCUGACACAGCUUUCAUACGCAGAUACGCAUCCUAUGUUUACGAAGGAUGCAUUUCCUAAUUUUUUUCGAGUAGUACCCUCGGAAAAUGCAUUUAACGCACCACGUUUGGCGCUGUUAAAAGAAUUUAAUUGGACAAGAGUUGGAACUUUGUAUCAGAAUGAACCACGAUAUUCUUUGCCACAUAAUCAUAUGGUUGCUGAUUUGGACAGCGAUAAUUUAGAAGUUGUUGAAACUCAGAGCUUCGUUAAUGAUGUGAAUGAAAGUUUAAGAAAGCUUAGAGAUAAAGAUGUGCGAAUUAUACUAGGGAACUUCAACGAACACUUUGCAAGAAAAGUAUUUUGUGAAGCCUUUAAAUUAGAUAUGUAUGGACGUGCUUAUCAGUGGCUGAUUAUGGCAACAUAUUCUACGGAAUGGUGGAACACUACAAUCGACACCGAAUGUACGGUGGAAGAGAUUUCUACCGCUUUAGAGGGCACAAUUUUGGUGGACUUAUUGCCAUUAUCUACAAGUGGUGAUAUAACAAUAGCAGGAAUUACAGCAGAUGAGUACCUUGCUGAAUAUGAUAGUCUACGUGGUACAGAAUAUUCACGCUUUCAUGGAUACACAUAUGACGGCAUAUGGGCAGCAGCGCUUGCAAUACAGUACGUGGCGCAGAAACGUGAAGAUUUCUUGACACAUUUUGAUUAUCGUGUGAAGGAUUGGGAAACAAUUUUUUUAGAAGCACUACGAAAUACUUCAUUUGAAGGAGUAACUGGACCAGUCCGUUUUUAUAAUAAUGAACGUAAAGCAAAUAUUUUGAUAAAUCAGUUCCAAUUGGGGCAAAAUGAGAAAAUUGGAGAGUACCACUCGCAACUCGAUCAUCUAGAUUUAACAUUAGGCAAACCUAUAAGAUGGGUUGGCAAAACUCCACCAAAGGAUCGUACAUUAAUCUAUAUUGAACAUAGUCAAGUUAAUUUGACGAUUUAUAUAGUGUCCGCUAGUGCAUCGGUUGUUGGCAUUGUAAUAGCUUGUGUCUUUUUGGCAUUUAAUAUAAAAUAUCGCAAUCAAAGAUACAUAAAAAUGUCAAGUCCACAUUUGAACAAUCUUAUCAUAAUAGGCUGCAUGCUAACUUACAUGAGUGUCAUUUUCCUUGGCUUAGAUACUACGCUUAGUAGCGUGGCUGCUUUUCCAUAUAUUUGUACAGCCCGUGCUUGGAUCCUAAUGGCUGGAUUUAGUUUAGCAUUUGGUGCUAUGUUUUCGAAAACUUGGAGAGUUCAUUCAAUAUUCACUGAUUUGAAAUUAAACAAAAAAGUUAUUAAGGAUUAUCAACUAUUUAUGGUAGUCGGUAUUUUACUUUUUAUAGACAUUGCCAUUAUAACUACUUGGCAAGUGGCAGAUCCAUUUUAUCGAGACACAAAACAAUUGGAGCCAAGGCAUCACGAAUCGAUUGAUGAUGUUCUGGUCAUACCAGAAAAUGAAUAUUGCCAAUCGGAGCAUAUGACAAUAUUUGUUAGUAUAAUCUAUGCAUACAAAGGAUUAUUAUUGGUUUUUGGCGCUUUUCUGGCAUGGGAAACUCGUCAUGUUUCCAUACCAGCUUUAAAUGAUUCCAAACACAUUGGCUUUUCGGUUUAUAACGUCUUUAUAACAUGCAUCGCUGGAGCUGCUAUUUCUCUUGUUCUUUCUGAUCGAAAAGAUCUAGUUUUUGUCUUACUAUCGUUUUUUAUAAUUUUUUGUACGACAGCUACUUUGUGUUUGGUGUUCGUACCGAAAUUGGUUGAAUUGAAACGCAAUCCUCAAGGUAUUGUAGAUAAACGUGUGCGUGCUACUCUACGUCCGAUGUCAAAGAAUCGUCGUGAUUCUUCAGUUUGUGAACUUGAACAACGUUUAAGGGAUGUGAAGAAUACAAAUUGUCGUUUCCGAAAGAUUUUGAUGGAAAAAGAAAAUGAAUUACAAGCUUUGAUACGUAAAAUCGGACCUGAGGCACGUAAAUGGUUAGAUGGUGUGGCUUGUAGUGGUGCAGGCAAUUUAAGCGGAGAUACUGAUCCUAUACUUAACGAUAUUGGUAGAUUAUCUGCACCACCAGUACGAAGAGAAAUGCCGAGCACUACAGAAGUUACGGAGCUUACAUCAGUGGAAAGUGUAACAUCUACACAUGUCGAAAUGGAUAAUUCUUUAGUUUCUGUCAAUUCGACAACUUUAGCACCUUCACUACCACCUAAGAAGAAGAAAAUGCAAGAAAAUUUGACCCAUCAUAGUCAUAUGCCUGUACAACAACUGCAAUCGAUUCAACCUAUACAGCAACAAAUACAACAUCAAUUACAUCAACAACAACAGCAUCAAGCACUUAUGCAGAAAAAAAUCUCAGACGAUAAGUAUCAAAGACCUGUAGAAAAACGUAAUUCUGUUUCAGCACAAACUGAUGAGAAUAUGGGUAUCAUAACUAAAACGAAACGGCAGGAUUGCAACAGCAUAAGGCGGGAAGAGUCGACAUUGCGUGAAAGACGUCAAUCGACAGCAUCACGUCAUGAAAAUGGUACACAAACUCCAACUGCUCGCCCAAAAUACAAUACUAAUCAUAGGAAUUCAUCGACUAAUAUAUCUACAUCGAACUCAGAAGUAAAUAAUGUAUGCCCACAUAGCAUACAUAAUAAAAGCAAUAAUAUCAUGAAAACUCCAACAUCAUCAGAUAAUAGACGUGUCAGUACAGGUACUGCACUCAAAUCAAACUUUGUUGUAUCACAGAGUGAUCUCUGGGAUACACACACACUUUCGCAUGCUAAACAACAUUCUAGACAGUCACCACGAAAUCAUCAAAAUCCACAACGUUGUAGUGAGCAUAGCCAUAUUAUACCCUACGACCAGAAUACAUCACCAAUUGUACGUUCUGUGUCCGAAAAGAAUCGUAAUAAACAUCGUCAUAAACCACAAAAGGGUACAGUUUGUCAGAGCGAAACAGAUAGCGAACGCGAGCGGGAACCCACUCCACCGGCCAGUCAGUGUAUAACGCAACGCAAAUUGAAUAAGAAUAAUAUACAAUAUGCGACACAUCAUCACUCUUCACCAAAUGUAGCACCUGAUAAACUACGUAAGCAUCGCAACAAGACAGAUUCUUCAAUUUAUGGUGCGAGCUCCGAAACCGAAUUGCUUGAUGGUGAUAUCUUGCCGAUCUUUAGAAAAUUGCUUACAGAGAAGAGUUCAAAUUACAGAGGUCGCAGUGUGGUUGGCCAGAGCUGUCCAAAUAUAUCAAUUAAGUGUGAUAUUGUGGAAUAUUUGUAAAACUCUGGAAAGUUUAUGUAUUGUCAGCUAGCAAAGGAAAGAUUUUAUAUACUUCUUUAUUUAAUUAGAAUUAAAUUCUAACUAUAGUGUUUACAUAAAAAAUUUAUUAGCGCAACUAAGGUUUUUAAAACUAAUUCAUAUUUUAAAUAUAAUUCUAAACCUUAUGUAGUAAAUAGAAAAUGUAGUAAUUAUAAUUAUAAAAAAAAAUUAAAAACCUACAGCAUAUUACAAAUUUAUUUAUAUAUUCAUAAGCAAUAAUCUAGGAUAUUUUGAUUUUAUAGAUUGAAUGUUAUUAAGUAAGAAGUAAUUACACGCGAAUCAAAUGACUUAUUCUAAGAUCUUAAUUAGUAUAUAUAAUGUUCAGUUUAACACAAAAUAUAUGCA